AUGGAGAUAGAGAAUGAGACCAUCUGCUCCUCAGGCAGCUCCUCAGGAGGGUCCAGAGAGUACAAGGUGGUGAUGUUGGGAGCAGGGGGAGUUGGUAAAAGCGCAAUGACAAUGCAGUUUAUCAGUCAUCGGUUUCCUGAUUAUCAUGAUCCUACCAUAGAAGAUGCUUAUAAGACCCAGGUUCGGAUUGAUGAUGAGCCCGCAUAUCUGGAUAUUCUGGAUACUGCUGGACAGGCAGAAUUCACAGCCAUGCGGGACCAGUAUAUGAGAGGUGGAGAAGGCUUCAUUAUAUGCUACUCUGUCACAGACCGACAGUCCUUCCAGGAAGCUGCUGGGUUUAAAGAACUCAUUUACCAAGUCCGCCACACCUAUGACAUUCCUUUGGUGCUAGUGGGGAACAAAAUUGAUCUAGAGCAGGCCAGACAGGUGUCCACUGAGGAAGGCUUGAGUCUGGCCCGAGAGUAUACCUGUGCAUUCUUUGAGACGUCCGCAGCCCUGCGCUUCUACGUCGAUGAUGUUUUUUAUGGCUUGGUCAGGGAAAUCCGCAAGAAAGAAUCCAUGCCGUUGCUGAUGGGGAAAAAGUUGAAAAGAAAAGAUAGUCUUUGGAGGAAGUUAAAGGGCUCUCUGAAGAAGAAGCGGGAAAACAUGACCUGA